CAACUAUGGAUGGUAAUGACAAGAGGAAUAUGCACUCGACCGUUAUCACUUGCCUACUGAAAAUCUGUUUGUAAUUGAUCCAUCCAUCUUCACGUCUACAUUAGCCUGUAUUUCCACGUUCACCACAGCGCCAUCAAUGAGAAUUUUUGAAAAUAUUCAGUUGACUACAGGAAGUAAAACAUUGCAGAAUUUGUAGAAGAAAGUGGAGGUCAGUAAAGGUGGAGAGUAGUGAAAAUAAUUUGCUUGCAAUAUUAAAGUCAUCGUUCAUCUCUUCACAACUAUUUGGUCAGAAACGUGAGUGGAAGCCAAAGAAUACAGAAGGAUUGAACAAAGAAUCCUUGUAGAGCAGAGGCAUCCUGAGAUCACUGGUGAAACUUGGAAAAUGGGAAACGAGGAUGGUCUUGGUGUAACUACCGGACAGCCGAAUCUCUACAAGCAAGAUCUAUCAAAGCUCGAUGUAAUUAAAUUAACUGCAUUGUCACCUGAAGUAAUCAGUAGGCAGGCUACAAUCAAUAUUGGAACUAUUGGACAUGUAGCACAUGGAAAAUCAACAAUUGUGAAAGCUAUUUCGGGAGUGCAGACUGUUCGUUUUAAAAAUGAACUAGAAAGGAAUAUCACUAUUAAACUUGGAUACGCAAAUGCGAAGAUUUAUGAAUGUGAAAAUCCGAAAUGUCCUCGACCUGGACGCUACAUAUCCGGUGGAUCCAGCAAAGAUGAUUCUUUUCCUUGCAUGCGUUCUGUUUGUUCAGGGAGAUUUCAAUUGGUUCGACAUGUCUCCUUUGUCGAUUGUCCUGGACACGAUAUUCUUAUGGCGACUAUGCUUAACGGAGCAGCUGUUAUGGAUGCCGCUUUGCUUUUAAUCGCUGGCAAUGAAUCAUGCCCUCAGCCUCAAACGUCGGAGCACUUGGCAGCUAUCGAAAUUAUGAAACUUAAGCACAUAGUCAUCUUGCAAAAUAAGAUCGACUUGGUUAAAGAAGCACAAGCCAAGGAGCAGUAUGAGCAAAUAUUGAAGUUUAUUCAAGGGACGGUGGCGGAAGGCGCUCCAAUAAUUCCGAUUUCGGCGCAACUGAAAUAUAAUAUCGAGGUACUGUGUGAAUAUAUUACCAAGAAAAUUCCGGUUCCAAUGAGAGAUUUCACAUCGGAGCCUCGACUGAUCGUUAUUCGAUCUUUUGAUGUGAAUAAACCGGGCUGUGAGGUGGACGAUUUGAAAGGUGGUGUCGCUGGUGGUAGCAUCCUCAGAGGAGUAUUGAAAGUCGGUAUGGAAAUUGAAGUUCGUCCAGGAUUAGUGUCUAAAGAUAGCGAAGGCAAGCUGACCUGUCGUCCGAUAUUUUCACGUAUUGUGUCUUUAUUCGCCGAACAGAAUGAACUGCAAUUCGCUGUACCUGGUGGUCUAAUUGGUGUUGGAACCAAAAUCGAGCCUACUUUAUGCCGUGCUGAUCGUUUAGUUGGGCAAAUUCUUGGAAGUGUCGGUGCAUUGCCACAAAUAUUCAUCGAGCUGGAAAUUUCGUAUUAUUUAUUGAAACGUUUAUUAGGAGUGAGGACCGAGGGCGAUAAAAAGGGUGCGAGGGUUCCGAAGUUAUCAAGAGGAGAGGUAUUGCUUGUUAACAUUGGAUCGUUAAGCACUGGUGGCAGAGUACUGGCUACUCGUGCUGAUUUGGCAAAGAUCAGCUUGACGAAUCCAGUGUGCACUGAGAUCGAUGAAAAGAUUGCGUUAUCCAGACGAGUGGAAAAGCAUUGGCGUUUAAUCGGAUGGGGUCAAAUUUGCGGAGGUCAAACAAUAGACCCUAUUUUGGAUCGAAAAUAAUGGCGAUACUUGAUUUAGCUUCUCUCAAAACUAUUAUUUCUACGAUCUGUUUACAACACCACAGUUGGUCUAGUG